AUGUUGAGCUCCUGGUUCGGGUCGACGGUGGACCAGGAUGUUCGCGACCCCGACCAGAGCGCGCACGGGUCUGCGUUUUGGGUGGAGACGUGCUCGGCGCAGGAGAAGCAGAUGGCCGCGAAACUGAGGGCCCUGCUGGAGACAGAAGGCGCGCUGUGCGAGUCCGACUCCGACGAGUACGCGAUGCUUCGCUUUCUCCAGGCCAGGAAUUACAAGCUUGACGAGGCCGCGAAGAUGUACCGCGACAUGGCCGCCUGGAGGAAGCGCGAGGGCGUCGACGACAUCCUCAGCACGUUCCGGUUCCCAUGCAUCGAGCAGCUCCUGCAGCUCUAUCCUAUGUUCUACCACGGCGUCGACAAACUCGGAAGACCAGUCUACAUCGAACAGCUGGGCAAACUAGACGUGAAUGGCGUGCUGAACCUGACGACGCUGGAGGACUUCCUGCGGUUCCAUAUCUGGGGCUGGGAGUACCUCCGCAAGCACCGCUUCGAGGCGGCGUCGCUGGCGGCGGGCCGGCGCGUGUACAGCAGCACCACCGUCAUCGACCUCGACGGAAUUGGGAUGUCGACGCACUUCUCCUCCACGCCGCGCCAGUUCAUGCAGACCGUGGCGAAGCUGGACCAGGACUUCUACCCGGAGCACCUGGGGACGAUGAUCCUGCUCAACGCGCCGAUGGUGUUCAGUGCGAUCUGGGCGAUCGUGAAGCCGUGGCUGCAGGAGCGCACGCGCGCCAAGAUCCACGUGUUCACGCCCUCGCAGACGGCGGCGGGGAAGAUGUUUGGCGAGGGCAGCACCCUGGCGCCGGAACACCUCCCCGCGUUCCUCGGCGGCACGUGCGCGUGCCCGGGCGAGGGCGGGUGCCGGAAGGCGGACAAGGGGCCGUGGUCGGACGCGAAGGUCCUCGCGCGGAUGGAGGAGGAAGGGAGGGGCGUGCGAAGCGACGAAGUCCACUUCCGGUACUGA